AUGGCCACACUUUUACGCCCUUUGAAAUGGUUCUUGCGCGAAUUCGGAUUGUCAUCCAUCCACGCCGUCGGUCGAGAUGCAUACAUUGUCAUUGCCUGUCGAACGCUGAGAAUGUUUGCUCACGGAGCCACGACGCUCAUCUUAGCCCCCUUCCUCGCCUCCCUCUCCACCCCCGACCCCUACAUCGGCCUCUUCCUCACCCUCACCCUCCUCGGCGACGUCAUCCUCGGCCUCUACCUAACCCUCAUAGCGGACACCUUCGGGCGGCGCCGGAUCCUCCUCCUCGGCUCCCUCCUAAUGGUCCUCACGGGCACGACCUUCGCGCUCUCCAGCAACUACUGGAUCCUCCUCUUCGCCGCCGUGCUGGGCGUCGUCAGCGCAACGGGCACGGACUUCGGGCCUUUCCGCAGCAUCGAGGAGAGUGGAUUCGGAGAUUUCGACAAGCCACACGCGGGCGGAUUUGUUUACGUGGGGUUGGAAGGGCGGUGGGGGGAGGGGGAGGCGUAUCGGGUUGUGUUUUGGGGGUAUGAGGGUGUUGGGGCGGUUUGUGCGGGGUUGGUGUGUGGGUUGAGCGGACGGUGUGAGAUGGGGAAGGGAGAUGGUGGUGGGUAUGAGAUUGUUGGGCAGACGGAGGAGGAGAUCGAUCUCGACGACGACUCACCUCCCGCAAACAAGCCAAAACCUCAAUGGUGGUCUAUGUCCACCAUCUCCCCGCCCACCUUCUCGAUCAUGUCCAAACUCUGGGCCCUCCUCGCCCUCGAAUCCCUCUCCGAAGGAAUGGCUCCCUACGCCCUCACAAUCUACUACAUGGACCAGAAAUUCCACCCCUCGAAAUCCACCCUGGGAGACGUCACAUCCAUCGCCUACUUCCUCUCCGCUUCGACAUCCAUCUUCGCCGGUUCUCUUGCCCGCCGCUUUGGACUGGUUAACACGAUGGUCUUCACACACGCUCCAUCCUCCGCCGCGAUAAUGCUCUUCUCGGCACCGACCAGCUUCGUCCUGACGGUGCUGCUCCUGUUUAUGAGAACGGGUCUGAAUAAUCUCGAUCAAGCGCCUCGAGCAGCUUUCAUCGCGGCAGUGGUGAAGCCGAGUGAGAGGACGGCUGUAUUAGGAAUCGCGGGGAUGUUGAGGACGAUCGCAGCGAUGCCCGGGCCUUUUGUUACUGGCGUUCUGGCUAGUAAGGGGCUCUUUGGGUAUGCGUUCGUCAUUGCUGGGGCGGUGAGGUUGGUUUAUGACGCUAGUUUGUAUGUUUUGUUCAAGGGGUUGGAGCCGGUGAGGGAGGAAGUUAGAGAGGGUGAUGGGCCUUGA